AUGAGCUCCAAGCAGGAGCGCCGUCGUUCCGGGGUUUUUCUGUCAGAUCAACCGGUCGUCAAGACCCACCGAUGGACAUCGUCGAACAAGCAGAGCGCCGCAGACGACAGCAACAAAGAAGACGAACAACGGCGUGAAAAGGAGAAGAAGAGGUCACACCGCGCUUCGGCUGCUACGCCGUCCCGCUCAAUCUCCAAAACCAUCUCGCGCAGGCCGUCUAUGCCAAGCUCCCUGCGUUCCACAACGGCUUCCGAUGCGAGAGCAGACGCCGAAAGCAGCACGGGCUCUUUUACACCCCACACGACGACGACGACCACUACCGCUGGUGGCGGAGCGGACAGUCCGAGCAAUUCGCACCGCAGUCGGCGGCACGCAGACCGUGACCGCGUCAAGGAUCCUCCGCGCAGUAGAAGUGGCAGCAUCAGCGUCCCUUUCUUCGGCCGCAGUGCCUCGAGGAAGAAUAAGAAGAAGCGCAAUGAAUCGGACGGCAUGAUGGAUCGGGAAUCACAGUCACGGCCGCGAACGGCCACUCUGAGUGAUGACCAGCGAGAGCAGUCCCCCUCGGCAGUGCGCAGCAAGAGCAGGAGUCGACACAGGGAUACACCGUCAUCGGGUGCUGAAUUUCUAGCCUCUGUACCAAUGUCCACCGAAGUCCCGUCCCGCCCCUCGAUAUCCUCGUUGGGCUCGCCAGUGCGGUCACCGUCGCCGCAGCCGGGACCCCGCUCCAUAUCGCCCAUGUCGUCCGGCACGGCGGAUUCCAUCACGUCUGCCCUUCCUAGUGCGAAUGCGCGACGUAUUCUACAUUUGAUGAGGACGCUCAAUGGAAGAAUGAGCGGUAGCGUGAUAUUCCGCCGUGGAUUUGGCAACCCCUGGUCGCAGAGCUAUUGUUACAUUCACGAAGAGAAUGGCAGCUUGAUGUAUGAGUCCAGGGGAAGUGAAGGUGCACACAAGGUUCUGGUACAAGACCUGCGAGGAUCAAGCGUAAGAUCCAACUUGGACGGGGAUCUUCCAUACCUGGAACUCAGCUUGCCACAGAGUUCCGACGAGGUGCACAUCAAGCUGCAGACACAAUCCGACUUUGACGCCUGGUUUGCUGCACUCCUACACUGGACACCACGCGAUACAAACUCGGAAGCAAGCAAUGAACCACGCUCCGACUCCCAGAUGGGAUCAACCCGGGCCUCCUCCGCUGAUACAUCCCACCAGCGGAGAGCUUCUAUAAACAACCCAGUCAGCCCUCGAGAGCGUGCUGGCAGUAACAAGAGCGUGAUGAAUGGUCGCCGGACUUCAAUAAUCUCAGGUGUAACCAAGGACAAUCCAGUGAUCAAGAUUGGCAAGAUGAUAUACUGGGACACGAACGUCGGCUACAGCAACAACAACGCAGCCCUCGGCCAGCCAACAACACGCCGACCUAGCACUAGUAGAAUGCAGAGCGUGAGUUCACGCCGAUGGCGACGUAUCAGUGGACAAUUGCGGGAGAAUGGCGAAUUGAAACUCCACUCGGACGCUGACAACUCUUUGAUAUCGGUCGUGCAGCUCAGCCAGCUCAGUCGAUGUGCCAUUCAACGUCUAGAUCCAAGUGUGCUCGAAAGUGACUUUUGCAUCGCAAUAUACCCGCAAUACACCUCGACCUUUACCAACACCCAGYCUGGAUUCAUCCGCCCGAUAUUCUUGAGUCUGGAAAGCCGCGUACUGUACGAAGUCUGGUUCGUGUUGCUCAGGGCCUUUACGAUGCCUUCAAUCUACGGUCCUCGAGUGGACCCCAGUGAAGCUGAGAUGGGCGAGGAUAAUGCAAAUCAAGACUUGGAGAGCAUGAUCGCCACAAGCACCACGUACACGUUCCGCAUGGAGCGUAGUCUGAAUGUCAAGAUUUCCGAAGCCAAGAUGCAGUCUGUGAGUGCCAAAGAUACCGACGGGGGAUUCAGUGGUGGCUUCAGUCGACAUCAAGCCAACACUCCGCCGGAGAAAUAUGGCUACUACGCGGAGAUCCUGUUGGACAAUGAAACUCGAGGGAAGACUGUGGCCAAGUACGAUGGACUGAAUCCUUUAUGGGGCGAAAGCUUCGAAUUUCAGGACUUGCCACCAGUCUUGAACAAUGCGAGCAUCGUUGUAAAGCGCCGACCACCAGAGCAGAACUCAAACAAGGACCAUCAUGAAUCGAAGAGCAUACGCGACGCAUUCGGCGAACAACAAGGCGGAUUCACCAAUCUCGCCUUUGAUGUCGUCUGCGGCAAGGUGGAAAUACAGAUGGAAGAGCUUGAGYCUGAGAAGGACGUUGAAAAAUGGUGGCCUGUGCUGAACGUGCAUGGCCAGCGAGUUGGGGAGAUACUGAUCAAGGUGCGCGCCGACGAAGGCAUCAUCCUCAUGGCUCGUGACUAUGAGCGAUUGAGCGUCAUGCUCCAUCGCUUCUCCAACGCCUUGACAUUGCACAUUGCUCAAAUGAUACCGAGCGAGCUCAAACGUCUCAGCGACAGUCUUCUGAACAUAUUUCAGGUUUCUGGAACAGCCGGAGACUGGAUCAUGGCCCUUGUGGAGGAGGAAAUCGACGGUUCCCACAAGGACAGUCCAAUCACUCGUCUGAGAUACACUAGGCGUGCCGGGUCGAUGGAGAACAAUAACGAUGCGGGGGCGAAUGGCGGCGGCGGUCCCACCGACAGGGAAAUGAUAGUGCGUGAUUUGAACAAGAACGCAACUCUGGAAGCCAAUCUGCUCUUCCGUGGCAACACUUUGCUGACGAAGAGUUUGGAUACGCACAUGCGACGGGUGGGCAAGGAAUACCUGGAAGAAUCACUCGCGGCCACUUUGCAGGACAUCAACGAUCAGGAUCUGGACUGCGAGGUUGAUCCAAACCGCGUCCAAUCGGCAUCCGAUGUGGAUCGCAACUGGAAAAGAUUGUCCAAAUUCACACAAGAAGUUUGGCAGGGUAUCGUGGCCAGCAAAUCUCGUUGUCCAAUUGAAUUGAGAAUCAUCUUCCGACACGUUCGUGCUUGUGCCGAAGAUCGAUAUGGCGAUUUCCUCCGCAGUGUGAGCUACAGCAGUGUCUCUGGAUUUUUGUUCCUGCGAUUCUUUUGCCCUGCGGUCCUCAACCCCAAACUGUUCGGUCUACUUCAAGACGACAUCAAACCACGAUCUCGACGCACCUUUACGCUCAUCGCCAAGUCGCUUCAAACGAUGGCCAACAUGGCGUCCUUUGGAACCAAGGAGCCGUGGAUGGAGCCGAUGAACCACUUCCUCGUUCAGCACCGGGAAGGCUUCAAGACGUUCAUCGAUGACAUGUGUCACGUUCCCGAGCCGAUCUCAAACUCUUCCAACCAAAACUCAUCAACCUCACCCACAUACCCUCCAGGAGUCGUCACCGCCGAGCAGCACCUCAGCUACACCACCCCUAUGACAAUUAUGCACCGGCUACCACCCAGCAGUCGCGAAGGCUUCCCGAGCCUUCCAUACUUGAUUGAUCAAGCCAGAUCUUUUGCAGACUUGAUUCACCUAUGGCUGGACGCGAUUGCCGCUCUCUCCAAUCCUGGCGAUGCUGCAACACUGCCAGGCAAAUCGCACGCCGACAUAUUACACGCCAUCUCUUCAACCGAAGGAGAGUUGAAGGACUUUCACCAGUUGUGCGAGGAACUAAACACUAGGACGCAGGAGUGUCUAAACCGCGCAGAAAGAGCCGAGAGACCGGACAGUCCACAUAGCUUCCAAUGGGAAGAUGUCAUCAACCAAUUACAGAAGGCACAACUCAAGAACGCGUCCGCCGGGGAUGGAGAUUCAGUCACCCUUGUCGACGGAAUGGAAUCCAACCCCGCAAUAGAAGCAACGCUGCGCCAGUUGCGCGGCCAAGACGAGGAAACAGAUGACGAAGCUCCGAUAAACGGUGUGUAUAGCGACCAGGCGAUGAACCGGACUGAGCCAUCGCUGGUCGAUAGCACRCCAAGGUCUAACAACUGGGGCCGUCCAGGAUCGGCUACACCUGGUAACAGCUUCCAUGGAAGCGCAGGCCGCAACUACUCUCAAAGCAUGUACGGCUCACCGGGCCAAUCUGCCAGCACGAGCGUCAGCAACGUCUCAAGUACCGUCAGCAGCGAUACAGAACAUACAACCACAGCGCUGCCGAACUACGAGCGGGAGGUUCGGCAUCGGGAGCGACGAGAGCAGGCACGAUUCCAGAUUCAGAAACAGGUUGAAGCUGCUCGGACCAAAGAAAAAGACAAGGAGAAGAAGAAGUCAACCAAGUUGAUUCCCACUUUGCGAAAGAAGAAGGAGAAGGAGAAGGAUGGUCUGUUCAAGACUAAUAGCAAUGGCGACGGCAUGAUAUGA